AUGGUUGAAGCAUUGCAAAAUGAAGCUAUUCUAUUUACAGCACCUAUGACAGUAAAUGAAAAUGAUUUUGUCAAAGUUAAAAAAGAAACUGAAGAAAAAGUAGGUCCAGCUGGCAAAGUACUAUUUGAAGUGAUUGAUAGAGUAGCCAAUGCUCCCCUUCGCAACAAUAGUCUUGAUCGAAUCUAUUCCAAUUUAUUUUUACCUACCGUUUCAACUCAUACUCCCGUCAUCUUUUCACGCUACUUGGCAACUCUUAAGAAUGAGGGUCAAUUAGUAUUAAAAGAAUCUGUUUUAUUAGAGGAGUUAAGUAAUACAGUCUGUCCUAUCUCUCGUAAAGAAGAUGAAAUCGUUUCUCUUUUGAAGUUAGCUGGUUUUGUGGAUGUGGCUGUAAAGGAAACAACACCUAUUGCAGAUCAUCAAUUACUUUCUUUCUUUCAACUUUGGGGUGUCCCUGAGAAGAAAAUCGAUCAGGCUAUCGUUACACGUCUCUCUGGUAAAUUUGCAAUGACAGAAAUUCAUGCAAGAAAACCCUCUUAUAAUGUGGGACAAAAGAUUUCCUUAAAUUUUAAAAAGAAAAAUAAUACAACAACAACAUCAUCAGCUGAAAAGAAAAAAAAUAUUUGGUUAAUUCAUACAAAUGAUGAUGAGAAUAAUAAUAUGGAAUUAGAAGAUGAAGAUGCUUUACUAGAUGAACAAGAUAAAAUUAAGCCUAGUAAAGAAUCUUUAACACGACCUGAUGAUUGUGACUUAUCAGAUGGAAAGCGUAAAGCAUGUAAGGGCUGUACUUGUGGUCGUGAAGAAGGAGACGAAGAAGAGGAUGGCAAUGUAGUGGCUCUAGACCUUAUGGAUGAUAUACAGGAAGAAGUCAUCGAAGUAGAUCCUACACCUAAAGCAAACUCAGGUUGUGGUAGUUGCUCUUUAGGUGAUGCCUUUAGAUGUUCUACAUGUCCUUAUAUGGGUAUGCCUGCUUUUAAUGAAGGAGAUAAAAUUAAAUUAGGUGGCAUGUUUGAAGUUGAUGAUAUUGACGAUUUUUAA